AACAUAAAGAUAGAACAAAAACAGCGUACAAUGUCACCAUAUGAGACGGAAGCGGUAGCUCAUUUUACGCUUUGUUCCCCUUCACCCCUGCCCGCUUUUCUUACGUUGAGUCGUCGUUGAAGCGCUAGCUAUCCAUAAAUUGAAGCGGCGGUCAGAACGUCGGUCCUCUUGAGCAAGUUCUCGAACUCAUAACAGCAACCUCUUCAUACUUUGAUCGCAAUCUUUCGCGUCUUUUUUUGCCUUGAAAUUUUUGAUCGCAGUUUGUAAAGUUCAGAAAGAUGGGCAGCAAUGAACCGGUUUCGAAGCCAUUCCCGAGCAAGGAAUCAAUUACUCCGUUCUGGAGAACUGAGCUACAUGAAUUAGAUGACCAUAGAACAACAGAAGAGCUACCAGAAUCAUGCGAUAUACUCAUCAUUGGUGCUGGGUAUGCUGGUAUCACCGCUGCUUAUCACCUUCUUUGCAACGAGGAGACAGCCCCGAGCGCAAAGCCAUCUGUCGUCUUACUUGAAGCUCGUCAAGCUUGUUCUGGUGCUACUGGUAGAAACGGUGGACAUCUCCGACCAUCAGUCUACAGUCGCCUCACGAAAUGGAUCAAAAAAUAUGGUCUUGAAGCUGCUGAAGAGCUCGCAAAAUUUGAGUUUGAUCAUAUUCGAGCUGUUGCUGAUGUAGUCAAGAAAGAGAAAAUUGACUGCGAUUUUAAGUUAUCGAGAUCAUUUGAUAUUCACACUGAGCCAGAAGUCGCGGCUGCUGCCAAGAAGGAUUACCUAGAACUCAAGAAAGCUGGUAUUGCCAAGACUACGAUCGACGAUAUUGUAUUCACUGACGGAGAUGAUGCUGAGCAGGUUUCUGGUGUCAAAGGCUGUGUUGCCUGUGUCGAGACCAGCGCAGGUCAAGUAUGGCCCUACAAACUCAUGAUGGGCCUACUCUCCCGUGCCGUCUCCCAAGGCCUCAACCUCCAAACCCACACUCCAUGCACCUCAAUCACUCCAUCACCCAUCACUGCCGGAAAGUGGAUCGCCACAACGCCCCGCGGAACCAUCACAGCAAGCAAAACCAUCAUCGCAACCAACGGCUACACAUCCGCCCUCCUCCCAGAAUACAGCACGAAAAUCUACCCCGCCAAAGGAAUCUGCUGCCGCAUCGUCUGUCCCCCAUCCUUCACCCCACCAAAACUAUCUUCCACCUACGUCCUUCGCCUCGGUAACGGAUCAGGCGACUAUCUCAUCCAGCGCGAAGACGGCAGCAUCAUCGUCGGCGGCGCUCGUCCAAACUACAUAUCCAACACCUCCUCCUGGCUCAGCAACACCGACGAUUCAACACUGAUCCCGAACGCAGCGUCGUACUUCGAUACGUACAUGCAAGACAAUUUCGCGGGAUGGGAAGAGUCGGGCGCGUAUGUGGAGAGGAUCUGGACGGGCAUUAUGGGGUAUAAUGCUGAUGAGAAUCCGAGCGUGGGAGAGGUUCCGGGCAGAGAUGGGAUGUUUGUUGCGGCGGGGUUUGAGGGGCAUGGGAUGCCGGUUAUUUUUCUGACUAUGAAGGGUGUCGCUGAGAUGGUGGGGAGGGGGAAGAGGUUUGAGGAAACGGGGAUUCCGAGGAUGUAUAAGACGACGAGGGAGAGGUUGGAGAGUGAUUAUAAUGUUUUGGUUAGGGGCGAGGGGAAGUGAGGGUCGUGGUUUCUUCUUUUUGAGGUUUGGAUUUUGGUUUGGCUGAGGAUACGUUGUUUUUGGGUGAGUGGGUGUCUUUUGGGAGUCUUUAUGAGUGCAUAGAGUGAUAGAUGCGAGUGAGCGGGCGAAUACACAACCAGUCUGAAUUUUUAGCUUGAAGUCCACCUUGUCCACGUUUCCACUCAAUAAGAACAGCUGUAAACGGGCUAA